GCCUCUGUUUGGGGCGCUCCUCCGUUACGGAGUAAGCGAUCCACAUCGGAUAUAUCGGAUCUCUUCCGCCUUGAUACGUCCGAAACGGUUACGAUGGCCCGCUUUGCCGCCGGCGCGCUUCGCCGCCUCGUCCUCGUCCUCGUCCUCGUCCCGCUGCUGCUCGUCGAAUCCCGCCUCGAUCCCAUAAGGUUGCCGUCCGAUCGCGUGGCAAAACCGAUCAUCGGUGAGGGCGACCCUUUGGGGACGAGGUGGGCGGUCCUCAUUGCCGGAUCCAAUGGAUACUACAACUACCGCCAUCAGGCUGAUGUAUGUCAUGCAUACCAAGUCCUGAAAAAGGGUGGAUUGCAAGAUGAGAAUAUCAUUGUUUUCAUGUAUGAUGACAUUGCUAAUAAUGAGGAUAAUCCUAGACCUGGGGUCAUUAUCAAUGAUCCAUGGGGUGAAGAUGUUUAUGCUGGAGUGCCAAAGGACUAUGUUGGAGAUGAUGUUAACGUGAACAACUUCUUUGCUGUACUCCUGGGAAACAAGACUGCUUUGUCUGGAGGAAGUGGGAAGGUUGUUAAUAGUGCUCCAAAUGAUCAUAUCUUCGUUUUCUACUCUGAUCACGGUGGACCUGGAGUACUUGGGAUGCCCACUUAUCCUUACCUUUAUGCGGAUGACUUGAUUGCCGUGUUAAAGAAAAAACAUGCUUCUGGAUCCUUUAAAAGCAUGGUAUUUUAUCUUGAAGCUUGUGAAUCUGGGAGUAUUUUUGAGGGCCUUCUCCCAGACAAUAUAAAAGUAUAUGCAACCACUGCAGCAAAUACUACAGAGAGUAGUUAUGGAACUUACUGCCCCGGAAUGUUCCCUUCCCCUCCUCCAGAAUACUCUACCUGUUUGGGGGAUCUGUAUAGUGUUUCUUGGAUGGAAGACAGCUAUAUGCACAAUUGGCAGAUUGAAACACUGAAGCAGCAGUAUCAACUUGUCAAAACCAGGACUGCAGUUCACAGGACAUAUUUAUUUGGUUCUCAUGUCAUGCAAUACGGGGAUCUGGAUCUAAAUGCAAAAAAACUUGUUUCGUACGUAGGUUCUAAUCCUGCCAAUGAUAAUCCCACUUAUGUUGAUUAUAAUUCCUUGCCACCAUUACCAGAGGCCGUGAACCAACGUGAUGCAGAUCUAAUUCAUUUCUGGCAUAAGUUUCAUAGGGCACCUGAAGGUUCCCAUCAGAAACUUAACGCUCAAAAGCAUCUACUAGAAGUAAUGGAACAUCGUCUGCAUAUAGAUACCAGUAUACAACUUAUUGGAAAGCUUCUUUUUGGUUCCGAGCAAGGGCCUGAAGUGCUCGAGAGUGUCCGACCAGCUGGCCAGCCUUUAGUGGAUGACUGGUCCUGUCUCAAGUCAAUGGUACGGGCCUUCGAAACAUACUGUGGGUCUUUAUCUCAGUAUGGAAUGAAACACAUGAGGUCCCUAGCAAACAUCUGCAAUGCAGGCAUCAGGGAGGAAACCAUGGCCGAGGUUUCUGCUCAAGCUUGCCUGAGGUUUCCCUCAAACAGCUGGUCUUCUCUCCACAGAGGCUUUAGUUCCUGACCCAAUCAUGUCACUAAUGCCUGGCCGUGGGUUCGAAAUGUGACCAGAGUGACAGUAGCUGGAGAAAUCUGUGUCAGAUUGAGACUCCAGAGUUCGUGAGAUGCCUUUUUUUGUAAAUGAUUCACUCGAGGUAUUUACUCUCUGUCAAAAGUAGUGGUCAUGGAAGCAUUCAUCUUUUCUGUAUCAAGCACAUACGACAAGCCUACAAUAACACAUUUAUCAUCUUCAUUCCCUCAACCCCAUUGCAUGUUUAAUAAGACUUGGUUUAAGUAUAUGU